AUGGUACCACAAGCAAAGCAGCAGUACGUGAGAGAUUUUAUGGUGGAUAUGCGAGCAAGGCAAGAACAGGCGGCCGUACAUAGUCAGGCCCAACGUUCAAGUACCCUAGAGCAAGUGCGUAGUCGCUUGGAGCGCCAGAGUAGCCUACAUAGUCAUACGGUCGGCUCAGGUGACGAUCAUACUGAUUACGACAAUUCUGUUAGCCGGGAAGAGUCUGUCGGUCAGGAUGAGUCUGUCGGUCAUCCUGUUGAUUGGACGCUCAUAAGAGGGCAUGCUGCAAAGGUAAUAUUCGAGGGAUUGGAGCGCACCCCUCCGAUUUUGGAAUGUCGUCCUCGGAAGAAGACGUUGGAUUUAAUCAUCAGACUGCAGGACAUGUCUGAUGAAUUGUACAGGGUGUUACCUGCCAGUCCCCUUGGUCGUCUGCUGUAUAUAAUGCACCAGCACAUCGACAGUGCUCUUAUUACAGCAUUUGAAUUGGUAUUGACGGUUCACUUCCCGUGGAACCGUCUGAUCAAGACUGGCAGCUGGGCCUGGCCGGCCUUUUUGGGGAGCCAUUGUCGGAGCUGCGUGCGAAGGGGCACUUCACCAGCAGUAGCAUUAACGUGGGUGCAUUGUUGCAGCUAUGCCACCGUUCUCAGACUAUGGAUACUCAAGCUACUGCUCGUGGAUAAAACUAGAGUCGGGAUGCGUCCUCACCCUGUUCUUGCUGUCGCCGCUGAUCAGGCUGACAUUGCCCGGGGUACUUUGACGCUUGCGUACUUGUAUCGCCAACUGGGUAUGGCGACAAGGACUGGGUGCAAGACUAUUGCUGGUUGUCUGAUACUGUUGCAGAUAUGGAUUUACGAGUACUUCCCAGCCUUCCGCCCCAAUCUGCGUCAAGCUGACAUGCCGAACAAGACUAGGGCAGAGAUGUGGUCCCCUCAGAAGCCAAUCCGUGAGCUGAGCAGAUUGAGAGACUGUAGGAGCAUACUGGACGCCAUGAUAGAGACACAGGUGGAGUGGACUCCGUACAUGACUUCUGCUAGGGCUUUAUUGAACGAGCACCCACGUAUCGCCUAUAUCGGUGGUAUCACCUGUUUCGAUGUCGUGGAGGUUUAUUUGCCUGAGAGGACAGUGAGGCAGCUCGGUUUUGCACAGGAUAUUCCUCCCCCUCCGCUGAGACCUACCCAAGCUGUGCGACCGGCACAGGGCUCCUACUCAGUGACAUUCUCUUCUUCUCCUAUGUUUACUGAGAUGUGGAGUAGGUUCCCCUACUGCGCUCGCGUAGUUGAGCAGGCAUUGCGUCGGACAUCGGUUCCAUCAGAGGCUGGCCCUGAUUACGUUGACUGGUUUAGAGUGUCUUCCCACUGUUUUCUCAUCCCUGGUGAAGGACCUGCUGCUGCGUUUGGUGUAGCGGAUAACAGAGUCAAAUACUUUGCUGCUGAAUAUAGUGCUCGACUUGCGCCAUUGCUCAGGAUGCCAGCUAUUGCCCAAAUGACGCCUCGGAAAAGAGAUGUUGCUGAUAUGUAUUUAGAUGAUCUUAGAGAGUUGUUUGCGGAAUGGCAACAGUGUAGAGGGCGUAGCCCUUAAUAGACAUUUGUGGAUUUUGUAAUGAAUGAACAAUUUUUUUUAUAAUCUGUAUAGAUGAACAACUUUUUGUGUUACGUGUUGCGUUUGAAUCACUUACUAAUUUAUUAACUAAAUUAAUCAUGCAAUGAAUACUAUAAAUAUAAUUAUUACAAUGAAUAGAAUUAUAAAAA